CACACCCACCUCAAGGCCGAGGGCGUGGUGAGGCCGCGCACGUGAGAAAACAUGGCGAAACCAAUCUCUAAGACUUUUGAAAAAUUACUGGACUUGAGGAAGCCAAAGUACAUAAAUGGCAGAUGGAGGAAGCCUGUGGUCAGUGCUAGAGAUUUGGCAGAAGCUAGGAAGUCUCUGAUAGCUAUGGGAGAAGAGGUUCCAUCCAAACCAUUGAGGGACAGAGGGAACGAUCGACCUUUUAAACUAUCAAAAUGGGAAAGAAAUAAGGAGAGCAGAGAAGAUAGAAUUGCAGAGAAUAUGAAGCGUAUGCCUGAAAUAAUUGCAGAGUAUCGCAAUAAAAUGGCAGAGCUGAGGAAAAAGACACGAAAAGUAAAGACAGACGAGGAAAAGUACAGAAUAGCAACUGGAAGAGCUAAACCAGAUCUGGAAUACGCAAAAAAUAAAAAGAAAUAAAUCAUAUUAUUAUGUGUAAUAUACAUUUCAACUUGGUAGACUGUAACCAUUUUUAAAUGUGAUUUAAAAACACUA